GUUGCCGGGAAAGACCCGCCCCGCGGCGCUGUAGCUCGCGUUAGAAGAAGCGGAAGAAGAUGGCGCUCACCAGCUUUUUACCUGCACCUACUCAGCUCUCUCAGGACCAGCUUGAGGCUGAGGAAAAGGCAAGAUCCCAGAGAUCGCGGCAGACCUCGCUGGUCUCAUCUCGAAGGGAGCCCCCCCCAUACGGGUACCGGAAAGGCUGGAUACCUCGGCUGUUAGAGGAUUUUGGAGAUGGAGGUGCUUUUCCAGAGAUCCACGUGGCUCAGUAUCCACUGGAUAUGGGACGCAAGAAAAAAAUGUCAAAUGCACUGGCCAUUCAGGUAGAUCCUGAAGGAAAAAUUAAAUAUGACGCAAUUGCUCGACAAGGACAGUCAAAAGACAAGGUCAUUUAUAGCAAAUAUUCUGACCUGGUUCCAAAGGAGGUUAUGAAUGCAGAUGAUCCAGACCUGCAAAGACCUGAUGAAGAAGCUAUUAAAGAGAUAACAGAAAAGACAAGAGUAGCCUUGGAAAAAUCUGUAUCACAGAAAGUUGCUGCAGCCAUGCCAGUUCGAGCAGCUGAUAAACUGGCCCCUGCUCAGUAUAUCCGAUACACACCAUCUCAACAAGGUGUGGCUUUCAACUCUGGAGCUAAACAGAGGGUGAUUCGGAUGGUAGAAAUGCAGAAAGAUCCAAUGGAGCCUCCAAGGUUCAAGAUUAAUAAGAAAAUUCCCCGGGGACCACCUUCUCCUCCUGCUCCUGUCAUGCAUUCUCCUAGCCGAAAGAUGACUGUAAAGGAACAACAAGAGUGGAAGAUUCCUCCUUGUAUUUCCAACUGGAAAAAUGCAAAGGGUUAUACAAUUCCAUUAGACAAACGUCUGGCUGCUGAUGGGAGAGGUCUCCAGACAGUACACAUAAAUGAAAAUUUUGCAAAACUGGCCGAAGCGCUCUACAUUGCUGAUAGGAAGGCUCGUGAAGCUGUGGAGAUGCGUGCCCAAGUUGAGAGAAAGAUGGCUCAAAAAGAAAAGGAAAAACAUGAAGAGAAGCUAAGAGAGAUGGCCCAGAAAGCCAGGGAGAGGAGAGCUGGGAUCAAAACCCAUGUGGAAAAAGAGGAUGGGGAGGCACGUGAGAGGGAUGAAAUCCGGCAUGAUAGGCGAAAAGAGAGACAGCACGACCGGAAUCUUUCCAGGGCAGCUCCUGAUAAGAGGUCGAAACUACAGAGAAAUGAAAAUCGGGAUAUCAGUGAAGUCAUUGCUCUUGGUGUGCCCAACCCUCGGACUUCCAACGAAGUUCAGUAUGACCAAAGGCUCUUCAACCAGUCCAAGGGUAUGGACAGUGGAUUUGCAGGUGGAGAAGAUGAAAUUUAUAAUGUUUAUGAUCAAGCCUGGAGAGGUGGUAAAGAUAUGGCCCAGAGUAUUUACAGGCCCAGUAAAAAUCUGGACAAGGACAUGUAUGGUGAUGACUUGGAAGCCAGAAUAAAGACCAACAGGUUUGUUCCCGACAAGGAGUUUUCUGGCUCAGACCGCAGACAGAGAGGCCGAGAAGGACCAGUUCAGUUUGAGGAAGAUCCUUUUGGUUUGGACAAGUUUUUGGAAGAAGCCAAACAGCAUGGUGGCUCCAAAAGACCUUCAGAUAGCAGCCGCCCCAAGGAGCAUGAACACGAAGGCAAGAAGAGGAGAAAGGAGUAGACGGCUGCGUCUCCUCAGAGAGAAUGAACUGUUAUCCGUAACCCUAGUGAUGCAAGUCAUGUGGGGAACACUUUGUAAAUGGUCAGGAUAAAACCAAAUCGGUGUGCAGACCCCAGGGCUACUUUUUACUACAAGAUAAAGGGGGGAUUGAAAAUUCUACUUUGAAUUAGAUUUUUUAAAGAGUGAGUUCUGUUUGUGUGUCCCACCUGUCGGCACUUAUAGAACAUACUGCCCUACACACAAAAUUAAGGCCACUUCCUUUUGUGUGAUGCUAGUAGUUUGGGGUUAAUAUUUGUAUAAUGACUGCUAAAGAAUAAAGUUACCCCAACCACAGUGAGUUCACAUACUGGAACUGUCCUGCCAAAUGAAUUUUGCCCCUAUUGUGUUCAUUUUAUUUUGGAGUAGGGAAAGUAAGGUCUUGCUUAGAGCAACUAUUUGUUUCAAAUAAAAACAUUUAGACAAAAUU